UGGGUUUUUGAAACACUGAACAAGAUAACAUCACUGAAAAUAAUGAAUGAAUCAUGCAAUGAAAAUAUAGGGACGGUUAUAACAUGGUUGAGUGUUUGAUAUUUUACAUUGCUUUAAAGAUAUAUAUAACGGUUUAAUAGAAAUAUGGCGCUUUGCGGUUCCUUUUGCUUGUACCAAAAGCAACACUCCUUCUCUCUUUGUUUUCAUCUAAAUCUUUUUCCCACUACUACUUUCCUUUACUCCCACUACUCCACGUUUUGCCAUUCUUUUUGUUGUUAUAUAUAAAUAAUCUCAUUCAAUUAAGACAACACAAGAAACUAACGUUAUACAUGACACAUAAUCACAUGCUAAUGUUACAACUGCAACCAAGAUUCUGCUUCUAACUUCUAAUUAAUCAUCAUCUUUCUUUUUUGAUUCUUUUUAUUUUUUUAUUUAUAGAACCUUGUUCUUCUUUUCUCUUUUGAACAAUGUCUUCUUUAAGAUACCAUAUCUUUAAUCUGCUUCUUGCAGUACUUGUUGCAAAUUCUGGCUUUGGCUUCUCUACUAAGGUUUAUGUAGUGUACAUGGGAAGCAAAGGUAGUGAUCAAGACUCAGAUGAUAUUCUGAAGCAUAAUCAUCAAAUGCUAGCAGAUGUUCAUAGUGGAAGUGUUGAACAAGCACAGGCUUCACAUAUUUACAGCUACAAACAUGGUUUCAAAGGCUUUGCAGCAAAGUUGACCAAUGAACAAGCUUACCAAAUUUCAAAAAUGCCGGGAGUAGUUUCUGUGUUCCCCAAUUCUAAAAGAAAGUUGUAUACUACUCAUUCAUGGGACUUUAUGGGACUUUUGGAUGAUGAAACCAUGGAGAAUAUGGGAUACUCAAACAAAAACCAAGCAAAUGUUAUUGUUGGUUUCAUUGAUACAGGAAUCUGGCCAGAAUCCCCAAGUUUUAGAGACACUGACAUGCCACCAGUGCCACGUGGAUGGAAAGGCCAUUGUCAAAUAGGAGAAGCAUUCAAUGCUUCAUCUUGCAACAGGAAAGUGAUAGGAGCAAGAUACUAUAUGAGUGGAUAUGAAACAGAAGAAGGGUCAGACAAAAAAGUCUCUUUCAGAUCUGCAAGAGACAGCUCUGGUCAUGGGAGCCAUACAGCUUCCACAGCAGCAGGACGAUACGUCUCAAACAUGAAUUAUAAUGGGUUAGCAGCAGGAAAUGCUAGGGGAGGUGCACCAAUGGCUAGGAUUUCUGUUUACAAAACUUGUUGGGAUUCAGGUUGCUAUGAUGUGGACUUGUUAGCUGCCUUUGAUGAUGCCAUAAGAGAUGGUGUUCACAUUAUAUCUUUAUCUCUUGGUCCUGAAUCUCCUCAAGGUGACUAUUUCAAUGAUGCCAUAUCUGUUGGGUCUUUCCAUGCUGCUAGACACGGAGUACUUGUAGUAGCAUCAGCUGGAAAUGAAGGAACCGUUGGCUCUGCAACUAACCUUGCACCAUGGAUUAUUACUGUUGCUGCUGGCUCAACAGAUAGGGAUUUCACGUCUGAUAUCAUGUUAGGAAAUGGCAUCAACAUCGCGGGUGAGAGUCUCAGUCUAGUGGAAAUGAAUGCCUCUAGAAGAACAAUGCCUGCAUCUGAAGCCUUUGCAGGAUAUUUUACUCCUUAUCAAUCCAGUUACUGUUUGGAUAGCUCACUAAACAAGACCAAAACAAAAGGGAAAAUUUUGGUGUGUAGACACGACGAGGGUUCAAUGGCGUCAAAAUUGGAAAAAAGUAAGGUAGUUAAAGAGGCAGGUGGAGUUGGGAUGAUACUUAUUGACGAAACAGAUCAAGGUGUUGCAAUCCCGUUCGUGAUACCUUCAGCUAUUGUUCGAAGUAAAACAGGAGAACAGAUUCUAUCCUAUAUCAAUAGCACAAGCGUGCCUAUGUCAAGGAUUUCCGGGGCAAAGACUGUAGUAGGAGUUCAGCCUGCACCCCGCGCAGCAGCAUUUUCUUCCAAAGGCCCCAAUUCCUUAACCCCAGAAAUUUUGAAGCCUGAUGUUUUAGCUCCCGGGUUAAACAUCCUAGCAGCAUGGUCUCCAGCAGCAGCCGGAAACAUGAAGUUCAAUAUUCUAUCAGGAACUUCUAUGUCUUGUCCUCAUGUAACUGGCAUUGCAGCCUUAAUCAAAGCUGUACAUCCUUCAUGGUCUCCAUCUGCUAUCAAAUCUGCCAUCAUGACUACUGCAACGAUUGUGGAUAAGAAAAACGAACCAAUUAGAGCGGAUCCUGAUAGAAGAAGGGCUGAUGCAUUUGAUUAUGGAUCAGGGUUUGUGAAUCCUGCAGGAGCUCUGGAUCCUGGUCUUGUAUAUGAUUCACAGUCGGAAGAUUUUGUUGCAUUCCUGUGUUCAAUUGGUUAUGAUGUGAAGUCACUCCAUCUCGUUACAAGAGACAACAGCACAUGUGAUGGAGCAUUCAAAUCACCAUCUGAUCUCAACUAUCCAUCUAUUACAGUUCCCAAUCUUGAAGACAGCUUUUCAGCAACGCGGGUUGUGACUAAUGUUGGAAAAGCAAGAAGUGUAUAUGAAGCUGAAGUGCUGUCUCCAGAUGGAGUUAAUGUUACAGUUGUGCCAAACCGGUUAGUGUUCACAAGAACAGGACAGAAAAUCAAGUUUACUGUGAAUUUCAAAGUAAUCGCUCCCUUAAAGGGAUAUGGAUUUGGGUUCUUAACAUGGAGGAGCAGAAUGUCACAGGUCACCAGUCCUUUAGUUGUCAAGGUUGCAACAGCAAGCCUUGGGUUGGUCAGAUAACAACACUUGUAAAUAUGUACAUAUUUGCUUAGAAGCUGUGAGAUCCCCAUGGUCACUAUAAGAACAAACAGUUAUACUGAAGUUCUGAUGAAUCUAGAUGAUCACUGCCAAACUUAAGUUACAGCUACAUGUUUGGAAAAGCAAGGAAUACCAAACACAGAAUUUGAAGAAAUGAUAUCUCGACACCUUCAACUUACUUUGUCACUAUUUGUUACAGUAGAGAAGUUUGUUAUGUAGAAUCUGUCAAACACAAAGUUUGUUAUGUAGAAUUUUAGGUUAGUCGGUAGUAAUACUUUGUAUACUACAUGUGUCUGGGAGCUGGGUGGGAUGUUUGGUCAUUAUUAUAAGAUUUUACUCAGAAAUAUAUAGUUGUGGAAAAAAAAUUAUUUAAAAAUAAAAAGCAUAUGAACACA